AUGGCUUCAGACGCUCGCAAGCAGCCGCCAUGGACCCCUCCCCAAGCCCGUCCUGACGCCCAGCUGCCCCGAUUGAAGAUCUACAACAGCUUGACGAGGAACAAGGAUGACUUUGUCCCAGUCGAUCCGACGGGGAAGGUGGUGACAUGGUACGCCUGUGGCCCGACUGUGUACGAAGAUGCGCACCUGGGCCACGCCAAGAACUACGACUACUUCGGCUUCCAUGUCAAGAAUCUUCCGUUGCUUCCCCGGGAUACCAGUCCAGAGACCUUUUCCGAAGCAGUUGGCAAGGCAUACAAAGACCAGGUCGAGCCUCCAGCUCCCGCGGACGCUGAGACGGCACAGCAGGGCCAGGCUGUUGCCGUUGCCAACCUGCUGUUGAGAGCACACAUUGAAACGGCACGCUCGGCUGCUGAGGCUCUGCAAGCCCGAUCAGCGCUGCCUGACUCGGAAUUGUUUGCCAAGACGGAAGGUAUGGACUCCAACAACCACCAGAUCUACCUGGAGUUAACCCAGAAAUUCGAACGCCGCUUCUUCGAGGACAUGAAGGCGCUCAAUGUUCUGCCUCUUGACCACCUGACUCGUGUGACCGAGUACGUCCCUCAGAUUAUCCGCUUCGCUGAAAAGAUCGUGGCAAACGGUUUCGGGUACGCUACCCCUGACGGCUCCGUCUACUUCGACAUCGACUCGUUCGAGAAGGCCGGGCACAGUUACGCCCGCCUGGAGCCGUGGAACAAGAACGACGGCGCCCUCCAAGCCGAUGGCGAAGUCUCCCUGUCCAAGGGAAAGUCGAUGAAGCGGAGCGAGAAUCAUUUUGCGCUGUGGAAAGCCAGCAAACCGGGCGAGCCGGCAUGGCCGAGUCCGUGGGGUCGUGGGCGGCCAGGGUGGCAUAUCGAGUGCUCGGCAAUGGCCUCGGACGUGAUUGGGAAGACAAUCGACAUCCAUUCAGGGGGCGCCGAUCUCCGCUUCCCUCACCAUGACAACGAACUUGCACAGUCGGAAGCGUACUGGUCGACUCUGGGCUGCCAGGUGCAGUGGACAAACUACUUUGUCCACAUGGGACAGCUGAGAAUUCGAGGGUUGAAGAUGAGCAAGAGCCUCAAGAAUUACACGACCAUUCGGGCUGCUCUCUCCCAGAACGAGUGGAGUGCACGUUCACUCCGGAUUUGCUUCCUUCUCAUGCCUUGGCAGGAUGGGAUUGAGCUCAACAACUUUUUCCUGAAAAGCUUGGACAUUUGGAAGCAUUCUCGCCCUGAGGUGACGGGGCAGGAACUUGGCGUCGCAGACAAGCAGUUGUUGAUGGCCCUAGACAAGGCGAAAACCGAUGUCGAUGCAGCUCUUUGCGAUUCCUUCAACACCCCUACCGCCAUGAGAAUUCUCUCUGAGCUAGUUACCGAGGCGAACUCGGCAGACUCGCUUUCCGACCAGACCAUCAUCUCGCUCGCCCGGUGGGUGACACGCAUUGUCACCAUCUUCGGCCUGGAUCCCGAAGGAGAUCUCAGCAAUCCGGAUCGUAUAGGGUGGUCAGGCCUCGAUAUCCCCGCCCCGGCAAAGCCCUACGUCUACCCCGCCUCACAGCUGCGUGACAAGGUCCGGACGCUGGCCUGCUCCGGCUCGGUCGAUCACACCGCCAUCGCGGAACUCGCUGACGGAGCCACCAUCACGGCGUCAUCACCAGUAGACAAAUCCUCCCGACCAUACAACGAUGUGCUGCAGCAGUCCCGCGCCGCCGUCAAGGCACUCGCGGCGCGGCAAGCGCCGGCCAAAGACCUCCUCGCCCUGUGCGACCAGCUGCGCGACGUACACCUCUGGAACCUCGGCAUUUAUCUCGAGGACCGCGCGAGCCCGCACCCUGCGUUAGUCCGACCCCUUGAUAAGUCGUUGGUCGAGGAGCGCGCGGAGCGGGAAUCGGCCGGCGCUGCCAAGGCCAGGGCCAAGCUGGAACAGCAGGUCAGGGAGGCAGAGGCGGGAAAGGAGCUGCGCGAGCGCGCCAAGGUUGACCCGUUGGUGAUGUUCAAGACCUCGGGCGAGUACUUGCAGUGGGAUGAGAGCGGUAUUCCGACAGUGGAUGCUGGGGGUAACGCGUUGUCUAAGAAUAGGCGCAAGAAGUUGGUCAAGGAGUGGGAGAAGCAGAAGGCGAGGUAUGAGGAAUGGCUGGGGACGCAGAGGGCGGCGUAA